CUCUAUCUGAAUCCGGGCAGACUGCAUGCGGACAAUAUGGUAACUGUCACCGGUAAUUCAACUGAAGAAGUAUCUGUUACUAUGCAGGAGAAGCUACAGUUAAAUGGAGGUGAACGGUCUCAGGUGCACUCUUACAAGGGGAGACAAUUUCUAACUACACAUGAUGCAUCCCCAGGUUAGGAAACCCUGAUGGAGAACAAGGUAGUCACAAUGGAGGGCAACGAAAUACCUAGGAUUGAUUUCUGACGUGAUGAGACCACACUCCUUGAUGGCUUAAUUUACCGUUCACAGUUGACAGGCUGCUGCCCCACGUGUAUAGGAGGGAGCACAGGCUAUAAACCACACAGGCCCUAGAAGGGAGACACCAGCAUCAGGAGGGACUAGUGUGUCCAGUGAUCCCAAUCUGGUGUAAGCAUGACCAACACCUGACCUGGAGUGACCAUUGUCCAGUGGUGACCCUGGUGUUAAUACACCCUAGAGGUUGGCUGUGACACACUGACCUGUUGUUGUUAAUUAUUAAAGGGGUAUAGCUAUAGCCUGAGAGACAUGUAGGACCACUACAGCCGAUCCCUGUACAGGACAGGUGAGGUUAACGGUCACCGACUACUGGACAGUGUGGAAUACAACACCAUGGAGGGUUGGUCAGACUUGCCUGGGACUGGACAUAACAUGGAUACUGGCCUUUUACAUGGACGAUGACAGGCUCUGUACAAGACUCUCCCUGUCUCAGUGGUUUGGCCAGGUAAUAUGAUGGAAGAGCAGGAUGACCGUAAAUUAAACGCAGAGCUGAUGCUGAUUAGCCAAGAUGAAGAUGAUGCCGCGUGUCCUCCUGUUGCUGUUUACAUUAUCAGCCAUGACCAUGGUGUUCAUCGCCAAGUGUGGCCUGUACAUAGACUCGCAGGUGGACCCACGGGAUGGUUCUCAGCAACAGACACUCAAAACACGCGAACUCUUCAGUGCCGUCAUCGAGGAAAAUGAAAAACGUCAUCAGGCCAAAGUUGAAGAACUUGAGGCUAAAAUACAGGCUUUAAAAUCCUCCCUUGUAGAAGAGAGAUGGCAAAAUCAAAACUUGACAAAACGGGUGAAUCUUCUUGAGGGGGAAAAUGAUACAGUUAGAAAUAUAUCAUUUGCUACUGCCAAUGGUACAAGUCUUGCUAAUUUUAUGAAGCAGAAUUUACAAACGGCAGAGAUAUUGCAUGGCGUAGAGAUGAAAUCGGAAUAUGAAGUGUUCUCUUUUAAUAGAUUUACGAUAAAUCGUAUAUUUCUGGUGGAUCCUGGGUUGGGGAAGCGUGUUGUGGAAAAACCUAUCGGUUUUAAGAAAAAAGAUCUCCUGGAGGUGAUAUCUUUUGGUGUUUCAGCAUUAAAUAAGGAGAAGAGUCCAACUGCUCUUAGGCAGUAUACAGCUAGUGAUUUCAUUGAGGGGGUGUUUCGGACAGAGCCAACGACCGGUACACAUUAUGAGUUGUUUUACAGAAAUAUUGACACUUCUGGGAGUGGUCAGUACUCUAAAGUGAUAGUGAUGCGACCAUUUGGACCAUUGAUGCCUGUCAAAUCUGAUAGAAUCAGCACACGCCAGAGCUGGAUAAACAUGAUUCUGCCUCUAAAGGGCAGGAUCGACUCCUUUAAACUCUUCAUGCAGCACUUCACAGAGACGUGCAUCACGAAGGAUGAGAAAGUCUUCCUAACCGUCGUUUACUUUGGUCAGGAAGGCCUAGAACAAGUCCAAAAGAUUUUAAAGGCCACCAUGGAACAAUAUGAUUUUAAGAACAUAAAAGUUGUGACUUUGGAUGAGAAGUUUUCCCGCGGACGUGGACUUCAAAUUGGUGCGCUAGACUGGAAAGGCGGAGAUGUAGUGCUGUUUAUGUGUGAUGUCGACAUUGUGUUCACAGUUGAUUUCCUAGAACGAUGUCGGCUUAACACGGAGCGGAGAAAACGGGUUUAUUACCCCAUUGUGUUCAGUUUAUAUAAUCCACAUGUUGUAUACUCGCUUCACGACCAAAUUAUCCCCCCUGAGAAGGACCAGCUUAUGAUAUCAAAACAGACUGGAUUCUGGCGCGACUUUGGGUACGGAAUGACUUGUCAAUUCCGAUCUGACUUCAUGAAGAUAAAAGGUUUUGACGAACAUAUUACGGGUUGGGGAGGUGAGGACGUAGCCCUUUAUAAGAAGUAUGUACGUAGCGAUUAUAUUGUGAUUCGAGCCACAGAUCCGGGAAUAUUUCACCUGUGGCAUGAAAAGGUUUGUGAUCCAAAUCUUAGCUCUGACCAAUAUCAAGGCUGCAUUCGCUCGAAGGCCCUGAACGAAGCGUCUCAUGCACAACUUGGGCUGUUGGCCUUUAAGGAUGAGGUGAACAUCCACCGGGGCUAUAAACGAAGGAUGGGAGAACGGGUUUCCUCAUAUCUGUCAAAACAAAGAUAAUGUCUAUCAAUCAUUAUGCUUAAGAAUAAUUCAUCAUGAAAAAAUUGUCUCACUAUUUAAAAAAGGGGAAUAUUUUUGUAUUUCCCUGAUACUUAGAAUCCAGUUUGCGGAUCAAGUUUCUUUUGUCAGUUUUUAUACAUGUCAGGUUCUAUCAAAGAAUUUACCAAUAUUACUUAGUGAUGUAUAAAUUUUGUAUUUGCUUUGAGUUUAGAAAUCAAAUUUUGUCAUCAGAAUAUUUUUUAUUUGUGAAAAUUCAAA